AUGGCGUCUCCUACCGAGAACAGGAAUCGAUCUAGUAGCAAAAAAACCCAUCUUUUAAAACCUUGUCGUCUCACCUCCAUUGAUGGAUUCGAAGCUCAGCAAAAUCGUUCAUCUCCUUCUGUUCACUCAAAGGCUCUUUCUGCGAGUGUUAACUUCUGUGGUUGGAGGUUUCCAAACAAAAAGUUCAAGUCUUGGGCUAGAAAAAUGGCAUCUUUGCACGAACCCAUUUGGAGAAAAGCUGGGAUUUUUGAAGCAGUGAUAGCAUCUACAUACAAAGUCCCUAAAGACACAGAUCUUAUUAUGGGUAUUGCCGAGAAAUGGUGUCCGGAAACCAAAACCUUCGUUUUCCCUUGGGGUGAAGCAACCAUAACCCUUGAAGACGUUAUGUUGCUUUUAGGCUUCUCUGUUUUGGGUUUGCCGGUUUUUGCUGCUCCGGACAGCUCAGGAAAGAAGGUUAUGGAGAAACUAGAGAAAGAAUGGAAGAAGAUUAAGAAAGAUAAAGUCGUUCUGGUCAGCAAAUUAUCAUGGAUGAAGAGAUUCAUGAACAGUGGUGAUGAGCUUGAGCAUGUUGGGUUCCUUGCGUUGUGGCUUAGCUACUUUGUCUUUCCAUCAGACUUAUUUCAUCUCUCUAAAGCUAUUUUGCCAAUUGCUGUUCAUCUUUCAUAUGGUACUAAGAUGGCUAUUGCUCCUGCUGUUCUUGCACACCUGUAUGCAGACCUUAGCCUCUUGAAAUCCCACAUUAGAGUUUUCAGCCAAUCGCUUAUUAAGGUACAGAUUGACCUGUCUGCUUUGUUUAAGCUGGUUCAAGUUUGGGCGUGGGAGAGAUUCAGGGAACUACAACCAAAACCGUUUUCUUUGCUAAGGGGUGAGCCAAGAUUGGCUCGGUGGGCUAACGUGAAACAGAGAACCAGCAAUGCAAAGCAGAUUCUAGACAACUCGAAAACUGAUGGUUUUGUGUGGCGUCCCUACACAAAAACUAUGAAAAACUGGAAUUUCCCUCGAUUUUAUCCUGAAAAGGAGAUGCGCGUGCCUGUUGGUCCCAGUCUUGAUGAUGAGUUUAUCUCCUUUGCUCGAUGCAUCAAGGUGUCUGAGCUUGUUGGUAUUGACAGUGUGGAGCAUUACUUUCCCAAUCGGGUGGCUUCACAGUUUGGGGUGCGUCACGAUGUUUCUUCUCCCGUUAAAGGUAACAGACUCUCACGUGAGGCAGCCUGGAAUGUAUACGAUAAGCCUAUUGAUGGUAUGACAUUAUACAUUCCUUCCCGUUCUGCAAUAUCUUGUUAUAUACCAAUGUUCUGCGAGUGGUGGAGGAAGGAGGUUGUUGAAUCAGCUGAAACAUUGAAAUCAGCCAUCACAGGAGAUGACACUAGUUUGGUCCUUUCAAGCUCUAAGAUGAACAGAAGAAGCGAGGAUGGAAUGAAGAUAGCUGAGAAUUCAACAAACAAGAGACGUAAGUACACAAAGCAAGCUCAUGGGAACGAUGAGAGUACAUUGGGUCGUUGUCAGAAACAGGAUUCAUCAGAAAAUGAUGACGAUGAUGAGAGACUCGCCGUUGCUGUACGAAGGAAACUUUAUAAGAAGAUGCAUAGUAAUCUUAAGAACAGUGGGGAAGGUGCUUCUGAGCUGCUUGACAAAAAAAGCAGACUUGAGGCGCGUAAGAAUGAUUUAAGGAAUUGUCAAAAGCUUAUUUCGAAAAGCUAUGAUAGAGAUGAAACUGUACCAGCACCGGAAGUAAAGAAAAGGAAUGAAGAAACAGAAACUGAUGAAAGAGGAAGAAAAGCUGAGAAGCGUAUGGUUCUGAGCCCAUCUCAUAAAACUAACUCUUCAGAUUCUCCUGUUGAUGUUGAUGGAGCACAUGACAUUGUUGUACCAGUGCCAGAGACAAGGCAAUACUGUGAUGAUGAUUUUGAUGUGUAUGCAAGCUAUGCAGAGAAAAAGACUAUGAUCAAUGAUGGCAGCAAGAAACCAAAGUGUUUGUUCUAUGAAGAUGAUCCCGUAGCUGGAGAAAUGACGAGAUCAGAUUAUGAACAUGAUAUUGAUACGGUGGCUGGAGAAAUGGCGAGAUCAGAUGGGAAGUUGUGCAGUGAAACUAAGAAUGAAAGUGAUGAUGGAAGGAUCAGUGAGAAUGUACAAAAGGGAGAAAAAAAUGAAAUAAGCAAAUCAUAUAAGAGUAUGGUUCUCAGCCCAUCUGAUAAGUCAGACACUCACAUCACUGUAGGUGAGAGAAGUCAGGGACAAAAUUGUUUGCUUCAUGACGAUGGUUUUGGAAGUGAAGAAACCAAGAAAUCCAGUGAGCAGUUAGAGGAUUUGGAAAAGAGAAACCAUGAUUUUGGUGAUGGUGACGUUGAUAAUGACACCACUGAAAAGAGAUUUCGAGAGCUGAAGGUGCUGGCAUUAACGAUAGAAGAGCGUAUUCUUCAAGCAGAAAGAACUGUGGCAUGGCUGAAUAAAAGGAGAGCUAUAAAACAGAGAAAAAUUAACAAGUAGAUAAAGAAAGGAGAAGUCAAAUUCAAGUAGAAUAUCAAAAGUUCAGCCUCAUAUCUAUAUGAUCUUUUGGUUUAGUAGUAUCUUUUGAUUUUCCUGCUUAGUAUAUUUUGAGGACUGGUUUGCUUUUUAAGUUUGUCAUUUGAAUCUUUUGAACUCAGUUAUGGGCUAGUAACUUCUUGCCUU